AGACUCGUGAGAAGCGGUUGGAGGCGGUGAAGGACUACAUGGUAGCGUCGGCGGCGCGCAUCGAGCUGAUCGAGUUCUUGAUCAAGCAGCGGAACGAGCCGCCUCGCAAAGGCGAUGACGGCAAGCGCAUGCGCCCCUUCGUGGACACGCGCGACGCCGUCAGCGCUAUUCACAGCAUCGUGGGCAUCUGCGAUGAGGGCCCGGACUGGCCAGACGAGCUCCGGGAGUGGCGCAUGAAGAUUGUCCAGAUGAUGCUCGGGCCGACUGCAAAGGAGGGCUUCAGCGAGUCGAAGCUCGUGCAGUUGCCUAUCUGCAUCGCCGUGCUCGCUGCGACUGGCGACGAGAAGGUUGUGAACCAAGUGAGGGUGCGCGAGAAGGUGGACGCCUGGGAUCUCCAGGCCAAGGUGGACGGCAGGACCGUGCUUCAGGAGGCCAUCCAGGCGGAGUGCUCCGAGAUCGCGUGCCUCAUCGUGCGGCGGAACGGCGCGGUGACGUCGGAGUUCCAGCAGGGAAAGGACAAGCAGCCGGUGACGCAGCUGUACUCCAUGCUGAGCAGCACCGACCACGAGCAGAAGUUCUACCGCGAGCCCGACUACGUUGGGAUCAACGAGCCCGCGGACGCCACGCGCCUGGUGCCUGUGCGGGCCGCGGCCGCGCGGGGCAUGUGGUCGGUGGUGAAGGCCCUGCGCGAGGCCAAGUGCGUGGACGGGCACGAGCACGCCCUGUUUGACCAGAGGCACGCCACGGGUCGCACGGUCUGGCACGACCUCGCGACCCCAGAGUGGGGAAGCAGCAGGGCCGAGAGGUCCAACAACCCCGGCAGUGACGAGCAGAUGGCCUGGGCGGAGUGCCUCAUCAGCAAGGGCUGCGGUCACUUGGUGACGGCCUUAGACGUGCAGAAGAGGCUCCCCCUGCAUUGGGCCGCGGAGAACAACCACCACCGGCUGACAAGUCUCCUCGUGGAGCUGUACUGCGACAAGCACUACGGCAACGAGUAUCUGCUGAAGAUGCGGGACCACAACCAUUUUACCCCAUUGGAGUUGGCGGUGUACCACGGUAAUGUCGAGACGGUCGAGUCCUUGGUUUCGGCGGCCGCGCAUUACAACUGCCUGCCGCUCCUCUGCAUCACCUCGAGCUACAAGAAUGACCGCACUAGAGCUAGCCGAGACGCCGGCCGCAAUCCCGAGGAUAAGGAGUCCAAAGGGGGCGUGGCCAGGAUCUCCCGCCUCAUUUAUUGGUUCAUGCGAAAUGAGCCAGGCAAGAAGGAGCUUUGUUGGCCGUGCAGCGCGUACCACCUCGUGCUGCUGCAGAUGAGCAUCGUGAUGCGGGGAGACCAUGUCGAAGAGAAGCUUGCCAUCGAAGGGCGGGCGACCUCAGCGCCGCGCAACCGACGCUUGCAUUCUCGGGGCAGUACGGCCCAAAGGAGGAGGCGAAAUUGGAACAGGAAGGUGGCGCUGGGCACGAUGUCAACAAAGAUGAUGAUGUCGAUCCGGCAGAGCGAUGGACUCGCGUACCGCAAGUGGUUCUUGAUCAGGUACCUGUCCCAGGAGAUGACGCUGUGGAUCGUCUGGAUGCUGACGCUCUUUUUCACCACGCAGUCGAUCUUCGUGGGCGGGGGGCUGUCGAACACCAGGAUGAGCCUCGAGCUGCAGAGUGAAGCGACGUCGUGGAUGAUGAAUUGGAACUUCGAGAAAAACGUCGUGGACGAUGAGCUCCCCGCCGAGGAGGAGGCGUUCCCGAAGACGUUCUACGAGCUGUCGGCCCCGGACGACGCGUGGACGUUCAUCAACGGCGUCCUCUUCGACAAUCUGUUCCCGGAGGGCGAGCCAGAGGGCCAGGUCGGCACGUCCACGUACCUGAUCGGGAGCCCCUUGAUUCAGUACGCACCGUGGGUCAACGGGGACUGCGACACGCUGCUGAUGAGGACCCCCAAGGCGUUCGCAGGCCUCGGGGAGGACCCCGACACGUGCAUCGUGGGGAAGGGGCCUUACGGCAGCGACGUGAGGCUGCCAAGGAACAACCGCACCCUGGCCGCGGAGGCCAUCGCCAACAUCGACAAGGACACCUGGAACCAGGGCGCGGGCGUCAGGGUGAGCUUCGCCGUCUACCACAAGGACAUGCAGAAGGUACUCGUCAGUAACCUCGAGGUCCAAUUCGGGGCUACCGGGCUGGUCCUGCCGAUCCAGAGGACGAGGAUAUUCUUGUGGAUGCCGAUCAACGACAUCGCGUCGUGGGUUUAUCCUUUUUUCUUCUGUUCUGUAUUCACUGGCAUCUCCUUGGCGUACGUCGGUAACGAAGUCAAGCAGAUUGUCACUGACUUCAACGGAUACGUCAGCGACGGCGCACAGCUGUACGACAUCAUGCAUGCUUUCACGCAUAUUGUCCUUCUCUGCUUGUUGACCGUGUUGACUGUAAAGCAGGCCCAGCUGAACGUCGACCCCUUCUCAGAAGAUGUUUAUACGAUCAGAGACGGACAGGUCGACCUCCUGGAGAUCGCGGAGUACGCCGUCCACAUGCAGAAGAUCUUCGGCUUCACCUUCUUCCUGGAAACGUUCAACCUGAUCCAGAUGCUCCGGCUCUUCCCCGAGCUGGGGCCGCAGAUGCAGGCCAUCGGCAAAACGCUGGUCGACGCGAAGGUCAUGCAGUUUUUAGGCUUCCUGCUGGUCUGCGUGUUCGGCUGCGCGCUGACCGUGCGGACCGUGUUCGGCGCCGAGCAGAAGGAGUUCGCCACCGUCCAGGACGCCUUCUUCGCCAUGUACCGGUUUGUCUGGGGCGACUGGGACUUCUCCGAAAUCAAAUCCAGAGAGUACAUAUGGACAGCAUCUUCCGCGUGGGGGUACGUGAUCUUCUGGGUGGUGACGCUCGUGAUCACCGGCACUCUGGCGAACGUGUUCAUUGCGAUUGUCGGCGAUCGUUACAACGACCACUUGAGCCAGUCCCAGAGCGACUGGAUCGAGGAAGUGGAUCACAUCAUGGCUCAGUGGUUCGGUGAUGCGUUCAGGAAAAGGCACCCUGACAAGAAGAUAGAGGAAGUGGCGCUUGCCAUAAAGAAUUGCAGGGACCGGCACGAACAUGGAGAUGAUAGUGCCGAGCCAGAGACGCCCAGCAACGACCUCCUCAGCUCGGUCAGAUCUUCCCAUGACAAGAUCGACAGCCUGGACAGCCGGGUGCACGCAAACCAGAAGCGCAUGGAUUCCAUCGAUGCCGACUUGAAGGAGGUGAAGGGUUUAUUGAAGGACCUGUUGAGGCAAGGCAGCGCGAUAACAAGCGCAACCGAGUGAGGCAGCCGAAGUGUCCAGAAUCAAUCCUGCCCCAUCCCUCCCUCGUCAAACCCCUCGCUCCCUUGCACUCCCUGCCCAGGGGAGCAAGGGAGGCGAGGAGGGGGAAUCGGGAGACGAAGGGGCAAGCGGAAGGGAGGACGGGUGGGACUCACACGAGAGAAACAUGCAAGCCAAGGUGCAACAAUCGCGCGCGCGCUGUCUGAUGCAACGCCACCCGCCAUCAGACGCCUGACCUACGCUUCCCUGCAUUCUGAUUCCCUGCAUUCUGGGGUCGGCGGAUCUUCCCUCCCGUCGGCGCAGGGGGGCGGGCUCUCUCGUGUGUGCUGCCGGAGGAGCAGGCACGGAGGCCCGCGCCUGCGCGGCGACGUGUGGCAGGAGCACGAGGCAUGCCCGUACUAGUUUUUUGUUUGACUUUUUUGUACGCCGCCGCACCGCAUGGCGAGCGUCGCUCCAGAGCUGCGGUGCGACGUUCCGCCUCCCCAGUUUUCCAUA